AUGACAAAACUCUCCGCUGUAUUAAUAAAAAAGGAGGUGUUAGACGAAAAUAUUCAUUAUGGCGCAUAUUCGCGAUACUGGUGGCGGUUUUAUUGUGAAAGCAGCUCUUGUUCUAGCAUAAACCCAGAUCCAACUACAGCAAUUUCUACAGUAUAUAAAGAGAUCUUUAAUACUCAAACACGUUAUUCUGGAUUUUUGGCACUUAGAUGGACGGACAAAUCAAUAAUUAAACAGCUAUUAUCAGAUGUAUCAUUUGUUUCUAUAUUCUCUUUGCUCAGUGAAUACAAAAUUUUUGUUUCUGGCAUUGGAUCUUCUUCAAAUGCUGAAUGGAAUCAUGGUGGACCGGGAUAUAAGUCUUCACUUCUACGUAGUGUCAAUAGAAAAAGCGUUCUAUACUUUUCAACAAUAGAAGAUAAUUCUUGUACAGUUGAGGUUCAUAAAGACUUUGAAAUUAAAAACCGGAUUGAAGGGUCAUCUCCAAAUGAAGUGUGGCAAAAAUUAAAUAUUCAAAAACAUACUGGCAUUCAACUUUUUGGGCUCGACGAUCUGGAUGUGCAAUCACUAAUUCACCAACAUCAUGUUCCUACUUGUUUACCAAAAAACUGUUUAUUUCUAAAAUGGCAGGAAAGCCAAACUAACAUCGGUGAACUUUAUUCAAGCCUUGGAUAUAUUUAUCCUCUGGAUUACCAAUUUAGUGAUCGUGAAAUAAGUGCUUGGCAUGAGAUGCUUUGUGCAAGCAGUUGUCAAAAUAUAACUCCAUGGGCACCUGAAGAAUCAAAGUAUCAAUUAUGGAUAAAAAAUGCACUGUAUGAAAAUAAUCAGGAUAUACUUCAACAAUUAUACAAUUUGGGAUUCUUAAAUAGCUCACCAAGCUAUGUUUCUAAUAAAACUCGUAUUUUCUGGCAAUGCUUUAAUCAAGCAUUAGCAGAUAAUAAAAAAACAAAGAAUGGAAAAAGACGAAUUCUAUCAAUAAUUGCCAACGAUUUUA